AGAGCGUACUGUGUUCUGCAUUGAAUACCACGUACAAUUUCCAGAGCUAACGAAUAAUAAAUUGUUUUAAAAAUAUGGAUAAUUCUGGGAAAGAGAAGGAGGCUUUGGCUCUCAUCGCUGAGGCUGAUAAAAAGAUGAAAUCCUCACGAGGAUUUGGGGCGUUGUUCGGAGGUUCAUCCCGGAAAUAUGAGGAAGCGUGUGACAUGUAUGUGAGGGCAGCAAACAUGUUCAAAAUGGCUAAAAAUUGGAGUGCUGCUGGCAAUGCAUUCUCCCAAGCAGCGCACCUCCAUCUGCAGAUGGACAACAAACUUGAUGGAGCCAUCAAUUUACUUAAUGCAGGCAAUGCGUUCAAAAAAGCAGACCCACAAGAGGCCAUCAACUGCCUGAACCAAGCCAUUGAAAUUUACACAGACAUGGGCCGUUUCACCAUUGCAGCCAAACACCACAUAUCUAUUGCUGAGAUCUACGAGAGUGAGCUGUUAGACGUUGAUAAGGCCAUUGCUCACUAUGAACAGGCAGCAGAUUACUACAAAGGGGAGGAGUCAAACAGUGCUGCAAAUAAGUGCCUUUUGAAAGUGGCCACCUAUGCUGCCCAACUGGAACAGUACCAAAAAGCCAUUGAAAUUUAUGAACAGAUCGGAACAUAUGCAAUGGACAGCGUCCUGUUGAAGUAUGGUGCUAAAGAUCACUUCUUCAAAGCAGCUCUGUGUCACUUCUGUGUGGACAUGCUUAAUGCAAGGCUGUCUGUACAGAGAUAUGAGGAAAUGUUCCCAGCCUUCUCAGACGCUAGAGAAUGCAAACUGGUUAAGAAACUUCUAGAUGCAUAUGAGGAACAUGAUGUGGAUGCAUUCACUGAUGCGGUUAAAGACUUUGACUCCAUCUCAAGAUUGGAUCAGUGGAACACCACUAUGUUACUUCGGAUCAAGAAACAAAUACAGGAUGAUGAGAGCGACCUUCGCUAAUCCAUCAGAACACUCCCGGAAGUGUACCGCUAUAUAUCACGUCAAAUUCCUGAAUAACUUUCCAUUUUUCUCUCUGGCUGGUCUCAUCCUUUAAUCACAGGCAUUGAACCCUUUAAAUGAGUGUUUCCUGUCUAUCCACUUAUCAAUCUCUCAUGUGUUGUCAAGCAAUAAAGGUCCUGGCCCAGACCCAAAGAU